AUGUACGCCGCACGAUCUGCCAAGCCAAAGUUGUCUCUCAGCAUUUCUGCUGCGACAAACACGACUCGUCCAGCUCUGUCCUUGCGCUCACCAGGCCCUAUGCCACGGACACCUGUUUCUCCAUCACCUCUCAGCCCAACUGCGCCAAUGUACUCGUACACAAAUUCGAGCUCAGCCAAGAGUAUUCUCAAGAAGGGUUCUACAUCCUCUACCUCGUCACGCUCAAGUGGCAAGGCAAUUCACUUCCAGAACACACCUACUGUGUACUGUGUGACCCCAAUUGAGAACAAAGACGAGUACUAUGGAGGUCAUGUCAAGAUGUCGCGCGAUGAGCGACGAUGGGGAACGAGGUCUUGA